UUCUUGAGGGCGCGACGUGACAUCUAUGAACCAAACUGGGUGAAGACUUCGAACAACCCUGAGGAGGAGUUCACCGUUGUCGACUUAGCAAUGGCGGCUUAUCAAAUAUCACGUGGUAUGGAAUUCCUUGCUUCAAAUAAGUGUGUUCAUCGCGAUCUGUCGGCGCGCAAUGUACUUGUGGAACAGGAUUUCAUCAUGAAGAUCUGUGAUUUUGGUCUUGCACGUGACAUUGAUAAAGAAGAUCUGUAUGUAACGACAACCAGCGGACUGUUGCCWAUCAAGUGGAUGGCUAUGGAGUCGCUGAUUGAUAGUGUAUAUUCUGAAAAAAGUGAUGUAUGGUCAUUUGGGAUCGUCUUGUGGGAGAUCUUCACUCUUGGUGGAAAUCCYUACCCUGCUCUACAAACGGAACAACUGCUAGACUAUUUAAGAGAGGGUCGACGAAUGGAGCAGCCUGAGAAUUGUCCUCCUGAGAUUUAUCAAAUUAUGAAGGACUGUUGGUUGSAGMUUCCGGAAGAGAGACCUCAAUUUGUGGACAUUGCUGAGAGAUUAGCUACUGAAAUGGAAAAGAAUAUUUCUGAGGACAACCCAUGCAUUUGUUUAGUAAUUGAUGAGCAAACAGGAGUAAAAGAUUAUUAUCUUAACCCUUGUGCUACACAAGGAAAGGAAACAGCUGAUGGUGAUGAGGAUACUCUUCCAAAUUCACGUCCGGACACAAUUGAUAAAUAUGAUUCGCCAUUAGUAAGUCUCCUCCCAGCAGCAAAUUCUCUUGAGUGCGAUGGUGCCACAGACUUCCUUCCCAGCAUACCACAAUUUAUGAAAGAGGCAACACAGACUACGAAGAAACUGCUGCAGGACCAAGCCAACGUAGCAAUGAAAACUGCACUGGAAACAUUGAAAAAGACAGCAGAGUGUGUCGAAGAGAGCAUAGACGACUUAUAGAGUGCAUGAAAAUGUUAUUAUGUUAUUAUGUUACUCGUCCUUACCAGACAACUGGCAGUGAAGGGGAAACCAGGUUAAACUGGUAGCAGUUUUCAAACCAUCCAAGCCGCCAACUCUUUUUCGAGGAAGAACAUUUGAUGCAGCUGUAGGUCAUAGAAUUUAAAAUUCUGAGAGCUCACUGUACAAAAAAUAAACCUCCAACCAACUAUACAUUUUAAAGAUCACAAGAGGUCAACAAAGAUUGAACAAAAUUUGUGAAGUUUUAAUCACCGUUUUUGGGAAGAAAUUUUACAGUAUUGCGACAUCUAUUUACAAUUAUUAAGCACUGGAUAAACCCACUGCUUAUCAAAWAAAUGAUUAUUAUAUAACAUAUCUGCGAACUAUACAAUUAAUACUUUACSAAAAUGGUCGCCAUCUUGUCGAAUUAUGAAUACCUCCAAUGUGUACAAGUUCUCACAUGAAUAUAUAGAUCUUAUUUGAAUGAAAUAAUUUAAUGUUUUGAAAAAGCAACUACUUUCCGUGCUAACAUCAAAAUGUACUUCUCUAUUAGAUCUGU